CAGGGAGAAGACACUAUGACCUCCACCCUCACAGCCCUGCUCUGCCUCGGGCUGAGUGUGGGCCUCAGGACCCCAGUGCAGGCAGGGCCCCUCCCCAAGCCCACCCUCUGGGCUGAGCCAGGCCCUGUGAUCCCCUGGAAGAGGCCCGUGACCAUCUGGUGUCAGGGGACCCCAGGGGCUGAGAGGUACCUUCUGGAGAAAGAGGGAAGCCCAGCACCAUGGAAAAUACAGGAGCCUGGGGUCAAGGCCAGUUUCUCCAUCACACACAUGACAGAACGUGAUGCAGGGAGAUAUCGCUGUUACUAUCUCAGCCCUGCUGGCUGGUCAGAGCGCAGUGACCCCCUGGAGCUGGUGGUGACAGGAGCUUACAGAAAACCCAGCCUCUCAGCCCUGCCCAGCCCUGUGGUGACCUCAGGAGGGAACGUCACCCUCCAGUGUGGCUCAAGGCAGGGAUUUGCCAGGUUCAUUCUGACUAAGGAAGGAGACCACAGGCUCUCCAGGACCCAGGAAUCACAGCCACAGCCCAGUGGGCAGUUCCAGGCCCUGUUCCCUGUGGGCCCCAUGACCCCCAUUCACAGGGGGAUGUUCAGAUGCUAUGGCUGUUACAGGAACAGACUCCAGGUGUGCUCAUACCCCAGCGAUGCCCUGGAGCUCCUGGUCUCAGGAGACGUCCCCAAACCCUCCAUCUGGGCUGACCCAGGCCCCAUCAUCGCCAAUGGGAGUUCUGUGACCAUCUGGUGUCAGGGGUCUCUGCAGGCUAGUGCUUACCUUCUGUAUAAAGAGAGGGGCUCUGCGCCCUUGGAAACCAGGGUCCCACAGGACUCCAGCAUCAAGGCCAGUUUCCUCAUUGGAGCCACGACCUCACACCAUGCAGGGCUGUACCUGUGUGCAUAUUACAUCACUGGGAACAUACUCUCAGAGCGGAGUGACCCCCUGCUCCUCGUGGUGACAGGAGUGGGUGGUGCACCCUCCCUCUCAGCCCAGCCGAAACCCUCAGUGCCCUGGGGAGCGACCGUGACCCUGCAGUGUGAGGCUGAGAUCUGGUUUGACACCUUCCACCUGCACAGGGAGGGGUCACUGGACCCUCCACAGCACCUCCGUCUGCAGGACACGUCUGCACCCUCUCAGGCCAACUUCACCCUCAGUCCUGUGACCUCAGGCCACCAGGGGACCUACAGGUGCUAUGGUUCAAACAGCACCUCCCCCUACCUGCUGUCACAGCCCAGUGACCCCCUGGAGCUGGUGGUCUCAGACUACACAGUGGAGAAUCUCAUCCGGAUUGGCGUGGCUGGCUUGGUCCUGGUGGUGCUCGGGGUGCUGCUAUUUCAGGCUCGAAAUGACACCAGAAGGACCCACGAUGCAGCCAGGAUGUGAACACAGAGGCAACAAUGCACUGUUCGAGUGGGGGAGCUUGGAGCCCAUCUGAGGACCCCAGGAGGUGUUGAAAGAGAAUGUGGACCAUAAUUGGGGAAACUGUCUGCUGAGAAUGUCCAGGGGAGAAGACGUGGUAGACGAGGUUUGGGUGCAGGAGAACGUGGGCCCUGUCCCUGUAGAGGACGCCUCCUCCAUCCAGCUGGGGUGCUCUCCUUCCCUCCCUGUCCUCACUCACUCUCCUCCACUGCCCUUCUCUUCUCACCCUGUGACAUGAGGGUCUGUCCCACAUGGCUGAUUUGGAUUCACAUCUAUACCCCCCUUUAAGCUGGGCCACAUCCAUCCCAACAAAUUGUGGUAUCUUCAUAAACUUGGGAUUGUUUUUUUAUUUUAUUUUUCCUUUUUAAACUAUGUUUUUAUUGAGUUUAGAGAGAGAG